CUAUUCUCUCGGUUCUGGUGAACCAGCGGGGUGAAGGUGAACCAGCUCUCUCUCUCUGUCUCUCUGUCUCUCUCUGUCUGUCUCUCGCUGGAAGCACCCUCUCUCCCCCUCUACGUCUCCUCUUCUUGCACCGGGACCGUCUGCCUUUGUCCGGAGCCAUGUCCAUAUUCAGCGAUGUCCCGCAGGCCCCUCCGGUCGCGGUGUUCAAGCUGACCGCGGACUUCAGGGAGGACAGCCACCCGCAGAAGGUGAAUCUGGGAGUCGGAGCUUACCGUACUGACGACUGCCAGCCCUGGGUGCUGCCGGUGGUGAAGAAGGUGGAGCGGCUGAUCGUGGAGGACGACAGCCUGAACCACGAGUACCUGCCCAUCCUCGGCCUGCCCGAGUUCCGCUCCGCCUCCUCCAAGGUCGCCCUUGGGGAGGACAGCCCCGCCAUCAAGGAGAACAGGGUGGGAGGGGUCCAGUGUCUGGGUGGAACAGGUGCGUUGAGGAUCGGGGCAGAGUUCCUGCGGCGUUGGUACAACGGCGUCAACAACACGGCCACACCCGUCUACGUCUCGGCGCCCACCUGGGAGAACCACAAUAGUGUGUUUACUGAUGCUGGCUUCAAAGACAUCCGGCCCUACCACUACUGGGAUGCUGCUAAUAGGGGCCUGGACCUCGCCGGGCUCCUGGAUGACCUGGAGAAAGCUCCAGAGCACUCCAUCUUUGUCCUCCACGCCUGCGCACACAACCCCACCGGCACCGACCCGACCCAGGAGCAGUGGAAGAAGAUUGCAGAGAUCAUGAAGAGGAGGAAUUUGUUUGUGUUCUUUGACUCGGCUUACCAGGGCUUCGCCUCUGGCAGCCUGGAUAAAGACGCCUGGGCCAUCCGCUACUUUGUCUCCGAGGGCUUUGAGCUGUUUGUGGCUCAGUCCUUCUCCAAAAACUUCGGCCUUUACAAUGAGAGAGUUGGCAACCUGACCGUGGUUGCCCAGGACAGCGAGAACCUGGCCCGCAUCCUGUCUCAGAUGGAGAAGAUUGUCAGGACGACUUGGUCCAACCCGCCUUCUCAGGGAGCACGCAUCGUCAGCAAGACCCUCAACUGCCCCGAGCUCUUCGCUGAAUGGAAGGGUAAUGUGAAGACCAUGGCAGACCGGGUCCUGUUGAUGAGGGAUCAGCUGAAGACCAAGCUGCAGGCUCUGGGCACCCCGGGGACCUGGGACCACAUCACCCAGCAGAUCGGCAUGUUCAGCUUCACCGGCCUGAACCCCAAACAGGUGGAGUACAUGAUCAAAGAGAAGCACGUGUACCUGAUGGCCAGCGGUCGCAUCAACAUGUGCGGCCUGACCACCAAGAACAUCGACUAUGUCGCUCAGUCCAUCCACGAGACCGUCACCAAGGUCCAGUAAAGGCUGCAUCGGUCCGCCCACUUCCUGCCUCCUGUACGCCACAGGAAGUAACGUCACGUGUGUGUUUGCCCUUGUUACCCCUCCCCUCCUUAUCCCGGCCUCUGAUUGGUUGAACUGCAGCAGGGAUUUUGCACUUGAACCAAUGGGAGGGCGGAUGAUUUUCUGUUCUCACAUGAAGGUAUAAGCUAGAGCCCCGUGCGGGACUGUCUUCUUUAUCCCGCUGGGUUUCUGACCAUUACCGCCCACUAGCACACGCAGAAAAGUUCAAACCGCCCGCUCCCGCAGUCCUCUAAUGCAUACCUGUCUAUAGUCAUGCUUUCUCCCCUGCAUUUAAACGAACACUUUGCUUUUGCCAGCGAACAGGAGGACUCGCUUAAAGUCCGAGCCGUUCACGUGGCGUUCAUUCUUAAUAAACUCACAUAAAGGAACUGCAGUUAAUUAUUUUACCACAGAGCUUUUUAACCACCCGCUCCUGCGAGAUUUGCGUUGGGUCUCACGGGAUCCCUGUCCCAAUGCAGUCCUCUAGUGUAAACCUUUGGGAGGUGCAAUGAUUUUAGGAAGACACUUGAACGCACACAGCCAGGUCUGAGUUUCAACAGAGCUUCAAACCCCAAUGUGUAUAAUUCAAAUCUCUUUUAUCCAGGUCCCUUCAUUUGCAGAUUGCCUGUUUCUGUGUUGGGUUUAGUGCUUCCUCAAUAACUUACAGCACUUACAGGGUUUAGAUAUGAUAUAUCAGUAGUACUGAACAAAAUAACAUUCAUGUAAAUAAACGUAAUCACUAUUAGAGGUCCUGCUAUUUCCUGAAUAAGUACUUGAGUACCCUGAAUAGUACAUUAUUUAAUUACUGUAAUCUGUGUCACUAUAUGAAGCAACAAAUUACUAAUGAAAAAAUGGUAUGCUCUGAUUUAAAUUUUAGAUGUUUGAAGACAACUAAAACGCACAAUCAACUCAUGCCAGAACAUUUCCUGUGUUGAAGUCUAAAGGGCAUUAUGAGUACAGUGGUGGUUGUUUCUGUCAUGUGACCGAGUUGAAAGGUCACUUGAAGGUGUAACGCAUGUGCCUGAUGACGCAGGUUGUGCCUUGUCAGACCUGUGCAGCUACGUAGAAGAUCAUAAUGUUAGUUCUCAAAAGCGACUUUGUGCCAUCAGUGAACAUAAUCAACUCUCUUCUGUGUCCGUUGUUGUUUUCCUUCCACCCUGCAGUGCCCUUAUUCUGUUACAGAAAGCCUCUAAAGCUGGUUGUCGUAAUGAGCCACUCUGAUCAGACCUCAGAGCCUGACACUUGUUAGCCACAGACCUGCACUCCCAUUAUGUGGUGUUGUUUGUGAUGGCACACAGAAGAAUGUGUGUUCAUGCUGAAAUAAAUGAAAUCCACAACAA